AUGCCAAGGUCGAUUCAAAGCGCUGAGGACCAGGACGACCUGUUCGAUACGCGCCGCUCAUCCAAACCUCCGCCGGCACCUUCACCCGAGCCUCAGGGGAUCCAGCCUGGACACUCAGAUGCGUCGCCGACGUCGCAAGGAAAUGAGCGAGCAGUGAUGUCAGAUCGCUCCAAAGCCGCAGGAGAGGGCAAGCAGCCCCUGCAGGACCCGAGAAUUCUGGCCGUCAGCAGGAGCAUUCCAAGCUCUGCUGUUGGCAGUGGGAAACCAGCGGGAGGCCUUGCAUCCCAUGCCCGGGACCAGUCGAGCAGCGCGUCCGAGACUGCGCGCAGCAGUGGUGAUGAUGAAGCGAGCCCGCCGGGGCCCAACUCCCCCAGGUCUCCCAAGGACUCCGCCAGUCAGCUCAGCCAGUAUCGCGAGAAGCUGACUAGAGAAAUUGCACGGCAAGGGCUCGGCGCAAGACCCGGCCAAGCUCCGGCCCAACAGCCAAACAGAGUCUCGCCUAUUCUCGAAGACGCCGCUGCCGCUGUGACAAACACGCCCAGCCCGGUGGUGUCGUCCGGGCCGUCUACUGGAUCAACUAAUGCCUCGACAGAAUCUAACCAAACGAUUAAGGGUGGCGUCACUCCCGGCUUCGUCGCCAAGACACCAUCCUACCCAUUUCCCCGUAUGGCUAGCAACCCUGGAUAUAUUCCUUCUUCUCUGCAUAGGCCUUUCACGACUCUAUCACCAACGGGAACAGGAUAUGAUAUGUCCUCCAUGUCCGCCGCGGGGACGCCCAAUCAGGGCACCUCUCGACCGCAUGAUAGGAUUUUGUCCAACCCUUCAACGCCUGCAUCCACCGUGACCUUCCAGCCCCCUGGUGCAGCCCAGCCAGGGGAUGAUCCGGACUUUCCCACGCCGAAUCUUUACGACCUGUCCUUGAUGCUGUCGGCCGAGCCCGGAAUGGAAGCCUGGUGGAAGACGGUUGUCUAUAUUAUGACCGUUUGCUUCAAAGCUGAAAGGCUGACACUGUCUGUACCCGCUGACUCGACUGACCUGGAAAACGUUCCAUGGGGUCAGAAAGCAACCUACAAUGCACGGCCAGAAGAUAGCUUAAGCAUGGAGUACAUGGCCAGGGGUAGUAGUCUCGUGGCAAGCAGCCUGGGUGACGUCUCCGAAGUACUUUCCCCAGGCGGCGAUGAUACUAUUCGUCUGCAAGGUUUUUCACGUCCUCACAUAUAUACUCGCCACUCUUUCACGGCGUUUGAAGAAGAGAAACAAAAAGACGAAUCAUCAGCGAAGCCGCGGCCCUUCUUCAAGAGACCAGGCGUGUUGGCCCGAAGCAGGAGCACUUAUCCUGAGACGCCAACACCACACGUGGGACUGAAUCAACAAGCACUGGAGGAACACGAUGCCGAGGCGCCAGGACUGACUGGUGGGUGGGAUGCGCCGGCGCCGGAGAAGGAGAACCAGGGGAGAGUCUUUGAACUGCUGCAAGCUCUGGAUUACGAGGCUGAUCCGCUGAUCGAUCACCAUGGCGUGGCAAAGGUACUAGAACGCGGGCGCGUGAUUGCAUUGACACGAAGCUAUCCAUACCUCGAGGACACUACCCAGGUCAAACCUGUGGAUAGUAAAGCACCUGCCCGUGCCCACUCGCCGGAAGGUCUCAAGAAGAAGGGCAGGUGGAUGCGGCACGACUCUUCCACAAAACUGUCCAACAUCCUAAACUCGGCUCAUCCGAUUAGGACUCACCCCCAUGAACGGAGGGCUGCGCAAAAUAUUGACAAGAUGAUCUCUGAAGGAGAGCCCCGACGACCACCGACUCCAAAAUAUGAGGAGUACGAGCAGACACCACCCUCUCCUUGGUCACAGUCGCCAGCGCCCUCGCCUGCAAUUCGAGCCGAUCCGAAAGACAAUCCUUUUUUUACCGAUGCCGUUGUGGACGAAUCAUCAUUCGAUCCUACGCUGACGACUCCGGACUACGCAGCAAUAGGACCACAAGAAGCCAUCGGGGUAGACAAUGCUUGGACUGUCCUGCAUAUUCCCCUGAGGCACCCACUCUUCUCGAAGCCGUCCAAUGGGUUCAAACUGGAUACUACCCUCAUGGAGCAGAAGUCGUCGCGUCGUGGGAAAGAGAACGCCCCAGAGUCCGAGAAACAUCUUGAUUCGGACGCGUUUAGGAGAGAAAAACAGACCCCCGUGGCCAUUCUGUCUAUUCUCAGUCCUACUAUCCCUUAUCCGUCCAAUCUUCGCUACUCACUUGAGCAUUUGUCACCUCACCUCGCGACAUCAUUCGCCCUGUGCCGCCAUUAUAGCAAUCUGGAAGCCGAGGUCAGCAGAAUGCAUCAUCGGAGACCACGAGUUGCAGGAUUCGGCGCUGUGGACCCCGAAGGCCGGCCCAUCACAGAUCCAGCAAUCAUUAAUUACGCAGCCCCUGAAGAGGCUGCAGACAAUUCGCUGGCAGGAAGCAUGACAAGUCCGAGUGAGUACUCUACACAGUCACGAAGCGUGACGGGCACUCCCGGAGGCACACCAGGCUGGGAAUCUACAGGCUUCGGAACCAUGAUGGACAAACGACCUCCGGUCUCAAGUCCCGCUCCUGCGGGCGGUGACAGUUACUUCACAACGAAGUCCAAAACGACCAGCAAGCCCGAGUUCCCUUCUACUAUGCAGCAGCGGGUCAGACGUAAUUCCAGAAGCAGCACCACGUCGGAGAAGCGCUCCUCCCUACGACUGUCUGGCGGAAUGUCACUGGAGUCUGGUCGCUUGAGCCCCGACGUCAAUGAAGAAGACCUGCCUGCAGAGACUGCAGGAAAGGUAGCAGAAGAUUCUGCCCCACUGGCAACCACAAAGCGAGUGACGACCAAGGAGCUAUCAGCAGAAGGGAAAGAAGACAAACCUUUCGAGUCCAAGGGCGGCAGAGCGGCAGCUCAGACACCCCACCGCCACGUCAAGCUCCAUUCCUAUGGGGGAGAUUUUGCAACGACGUUCCAAUCGUUACCUCCAGGCUCGACUAUUCCCACAAGGGGUGCUCCGUCUCGAGCCGACACCAUGCCCACCAACACAUCUGAAAUGGCUCUACCAACAGACAAACUCAAAGAUCUCAUACUCGACUCGAUCCCAGCGCAGCUCUUUGUGACUCUGCCCAGGACUGGUGAGAUCGUGUGGGUGAAUAGUCGUUAUCUUGCCUACCGUGGUCAGUCUCUGGCAGAACUUCAUGCAGAUCCUCACGCAAGCUUUCAUCCCGAUGACCGUGAGACCUAUCUCAAAGCGUGGGGACGUGCAGUCAAAACAAGCACAGAUUUCCAGAUGAAUGUGCGGAUUCGCCGCUUCGAUGGUGCUUUUCGCUGUUUCUCGGCAAGGGUUGUUGCGUGCAAAAAUAAGCGCAACGAAAUCGUGUAUCACCUGGGCUCGUACACGGACAUCCAUGAACAGACCAUGGCAGAGCUCAAGGUCGUCCGGCAGCAGGAGAUCGAGGCUUCUGAAGCAAAGUACAGAUUCCUCGCCAACCUGAUCCCACAAAUCAUCUUUACGGCCACUGAGGACGAGGGAAUAACCUUCGCCAAUGAGCAGUGGCUUGCUUACACUGGGCAGAGCGAAGGCGAUGCUCUGGGCUUAGGAUUCAUGGACUACGUACACCCUGACGAUUUAGCCAAAUGUCGGAUACCCUCAGGUCAGCAAUCUGCAACGCCACCCCUCAGUCGAGUCAGGAUGGGAAAGAAAAGCCAUGCAGAACCUUCAAAGGGCAACAAAUCGUCCGACCACUCAACCCACAAGAGCACAACCCAUGUCGAGAGUAACAUACGAGGCGUGCACCAUCCACUUUCUCGACAGAACAGCUCCAGUAGCGACUCCGUCUACGAACUUCCUUCUGCGAAUCUGACUGAGUUGGCCAAGGACGGCGUCGUCAAGGUUGGAACGGACAGCAACGGCAGGUUGUCAUACUCUACAGAAAUCCGGCUUCGUACAAAGACAGGUGAAUAUCGAUGGCACUUGGUACGUUGCGUCGAGAUUGACAACAUUGGCAACGACAACAGCUCCUACUUUGGGUCGGCAACCGACAUCAAUGACCACAAGUUACUCGAGGCGAAGUUGAAGGAGGCCAUGGAAUCAAAGAGCCGCUUCUUGAGCAACAUGUCGCAUGAGAUCCGAACCCCACUCAUUGGUAUCUCGGGCAUGGUCAGCUUCCUUCAGGACACUACCCUGAACGAAGAGCAGCGAGAUUACACCAACACUAUUCAAACCAGCGCUAACAGCCUGCUCAUGAUCAUCAACGAUAUCCUUGAUCUUUCGAAGGUUGACGCCGGCAUGAUGAAGCUGAAUCAUGAGUGGUUCCAUACACGUGCUUUGAUAGAAGACGUGAAUGAGCUGGUCUCAGCUAUGGCUAUUGCCAGGAGACUCGAACUGAAUUACAUUGUUGAGGAGGAUGUGCCCACGUGGGUCAAGGGCGAUAGGGUGAGAAUUCGACAAGUUCUUCUGAAUGUGAUCGGCAACGCGAUCAAGUUCACCGAGGCCGGCGAAGUUUUCAGCCGGUGCAGAGUCAGGGCUGGCGCAUCAGGACUAGGUGAACAACAGGUCAUGCUCGAGUUCGCUGUGAUCGACACCGGAAGAGGCUUCACAGAGGAAGAGUCGAAGCUCAUAUUCAAACCGUUCAGUCAGAUUGAUGGCAGCAGUACAAGAGCUCAUGGUGGCAGCGGCCUCGGCCUCGUCAUUUCACGACAGCUUGUGGAACUGCACGGCGGAAAGAUGGACGGCACGGCCGUGCCGGGACGAGGAGCGACCUUCACUUUUACGGCCAAAUUUGGCUUGCCAACUGCAGAGGACCACCCGGACGUGCCCGCCAGCCCACAGUUGCCAAACACACCUGCCGUUCUCGAGGAUAUUCCCACCCAACCUUUCAGGCAGUUCACCAUCACAAAGCACCGCUCCUCCGCCGCUGCUAGCCCCAGUCACACUGAGCAGGAAUCUUCACCAGCGGUCGUUUCAAGCGGCAGCUCGAACCCGUCUGUGACAUCGACCGGAACGCGUGUCACAGGCAGAUCGUCAAUCUCGUCCGUGAACGUCGGCCUAGCUCGGUUCAGUGAAGCUGCUAGGGCCAGUGGCCAGGAUUUGACACAGAUGAAAUUGGAAAUGCCAUCAGGCCGAUCUUCACCUGGACAGACGCCGACUCCUGAGCACCCGGAUAAGGCUGUGCCUGCCAACGAGUUCCGCCCGCCGAUGUUUUCUAUUCUGGUGAUCUGCCCUCAAAAGUAUAGUCGAGAGGCCACCACACAACACAUCGAGAUGACUUUGCCGAAAGACGUCCCUCAUCAGAUCACAGCACUUGCGAGUGCCCAAGAAGCCAAGCAGCUCAUCAGCCGCGAUGAUCCGGUCAUCUUCACGCACAUUCUUAUCAACCUUGCGUCUUCCGAGGAGGUUUUGGCGUUGAUGAGUGAGAUCAGCAGCUCGACUCUGCUAAGUAAGACGAAGGUUGUCUUGUUGUCUGACUCCAUCCAGCGACAAGCCUUGACCAAGCUCGUCGAGGGCAGCAGCCUUUCGAAUGUGAUCUCUGAUAGCAGGGUCACGUAUGUAUAUAAGCCGGUGAAGCCAUCACGCCUGGCUGUUGUCUUUGAUCCAGCCAAUGAAGGCGAUCUUAGUGUCGACCGCAAUCGGUCUACUGCUCAACAGAUAGUCGAGACUCAGAAGAAGAGCUAUCAAGAGGUCGAGAAGCGAAUGGGCAACAAGGGCUACAAGGUGCUCCUUGUGGAGGACAACCCCGUGAACCAGAAGGUUCUGAAGAAGUACCUGAUCAAGGUUGGGUUGGAGGUCGAAUUAGCCGCAGACGGUGAGGAGUGCACAACAAAGGUCUUCGGCCAUGAUCAUGGCUUCUACUCCUUGAUACUGUGCGAUCUUCAUAUGCCUCGGAAGGACGGCUACCAGGCCUGUCGCGAAAUCAGGCUCUGGGAAGCCAAGAACAAGCACCCCCAAUUGCCAAUUAUCGCGCUUUCUGCGAAUGUCAUGUCUGACGUGCAGGAGAAGUGCGUAGAGGCGGGAUUCAGUGACUACGUUACGAAACCAGUGGACUUCAUCGACUUGUCGACGGCCUUGUCCAAGUUCUUUUGA